GGAACCUUCACUCUGGUCUCCUCUCUCGACGGAGGAGUGAGCCCAGCGCGUCGUUGUUCGAGUCUGUUUCUUCCGUCCAAAGGAGAAACGGGAGGCGGCCUUGUGGAGCCCCACAACGCUUUGGAGUGUCAACUCGCGGACGCGGAUAAAAAUGCUAAAGCAAAACCCGAUCGAGAAGCUCAGCUUGGAACCAGGAGUCCUCCCCGCCCGCCCUGCCGUAGUAGGCAGCAUCCCUGCGAAGAGAGCGCCGCGUCACGUGCUCGCCCGUCUCCACCGCCCGCUCCGGGGCUUCUGAGCCGCCUGGCUGGUCCCCGCUCCUGCCUCCCCGGUGUUAUAAAAAGAGGCGCCCGAUGGCGACCUCCCAGCCCAGCCGUCGCAAGCCUCUCGCACCAUGAGCGGACCACCGACCCUGGCGCUGCUCUUCCUCACCCUGGCCCUGCUGCUCAGCCCGCCCGCCGGGGCUUGGUACAAGCAGGCAGCCGGCCCCAGCUACUACUCGGUGGGCAGGGCGUCGGGGCUUCUCUCUGGCAUCCGCCGUUCGUCUUACAUGCGCCGCUCCGACAACGGCGCCGCGGACAGUAGUGGCGAGGACGGCCCCGCCGCAUCCUCUCUCGCCAUGUCCGAGUCGCGCCAGAGUUUGGGCGGGCUGCGCAACCUGGCAGUAUGUGUGAAGGAAGUAGCUCCAGAACUGCAAAGCUGCCAGCUACUGCCUGCUGUGCCCAGCAUCAUUCAGUGCAAGGCAGAUGUCACUGUCUCUUUGGACCCCACUGACUGUACUAUCCCAUGAGCCUUGGGCAGGUGGCCUUCCCUAUAAAUUCUAUGGAGGCACCUGAAGGGGGGACAGGCAGCCAAGAGAUGGAUUUACUCUCUGUGUCAAUGGAGGUUGGAUUUGCGGGUGGUGAGGAAUAUGGUUUUAUUUUUAUUUUUUCUGCAUCUGUUAAUAAAUGUGUUUUAAAAGGCUCCAGUGACCACCUGUUUCUUGUAUGA